UGAUUCCCAGGAACAAAGAACAGAUAGCCACGAAGGAGGUGGUACAAGCCCAUCCUCAUCUCAAAGGUAUUCAAGAUCUAAUUCCAGCUUUGGACUUGGAAACAGACAUCGUCAUGCUUAUCGGUGCAGAUUGUCCCACACUGUUCCGUGUUAGCAACCAGAUUGAAGGUCCUAAGGGUUCACCCAUGGCCCAGCAGUUGCCUUUAGGAUGGACGGUGUUAGGCCCAGUCUGCCUGAACAAGAUGUUCCAGCCUGUCACUAAAAGGCCUUCACUAAUGCAAGGAUGUGCCAGCCACAUCUCAGUUUGCUGCCAGGGAGUAAUGCCCGAUUACUCUUCCAUCAUCGAAGUCACAGAGAGAAAUGAGCAAACAGCCUUCUCUAAAAAUGAACAGAAGUUCCUUGAGAUGAUGAACAGCCAAGUCACUCAAGACCCUGAAGGUAAUUGGAUAGCACCUUUACCUUUCAAGCGGGAAAGACCAUCUCUACCCAACAACAGAGAUGUUGCCCUUCAUCGUCUCCUGUCCUUAAGAAGAAGGAUGCUAAAGGAUCCAAAGGUAAAGACCCAGAUCACCCAGUUUGUGGAAGACCUCUUCAAAAGCAACUACGCUGAACCAGCCAGCGUGUGUGCGGAGGGAGAAGAGCAGUGGCAUUACAUAUCCACUUCAGAAAAUCCGGCAGAUGUGACAUCCCGAGGAACAUCAGCCGCAAAGUUGUCCAAGUCAUCCUGGAUCACUGGACCCAAAUGUCUUCAAAAUCCUUCCUUUCCAGAAAGCAUCUCCGUGCUCAAAGACACUGAGUUGCCAGAAAUUCAGUCCUGCAAAUCUACCAUCGAUGGCCAAGACUUAUCAAGGCAAGGUUUAAAUCCAGCCAAGUUUGAAAGAUUUUCAAAAUGGACUAGACUUCAGGCAGCCAUUGCCAGGCUCAUACAUUACAUCACUACAAAAAACAGUGGUGCAAUUCAGCCCCAAGAUCUUUCAAAAGCCUCAACAGUCAUCCUGAGAUCCACUCAAAGACAGUGUUUUUUAGAAGAAAUAGCUUGUCUAGAAAGAAAAGCAUCCUUGCCCAAAAAUAGUUGUUUAAAGGACUUGAACCCCUUCCUGGACAAUGAGGGUCUCCUUAGGGUUGGAGGUAGACUAAAAAGAGCAAAGAUUAGAUCCUGUGUUAAAAAUCCUUUUAUUUUGCCACACCAUAGCCACAUAGCUCUGCUGUUGACACAGCAUUUCCACACAAAAGUCAAAUACCAAGGAAGGUCAAUUACUCAGUCUGCCCUAAGAAAUUAUGGGUUUUGGAUUGUUAGGUGCCAACGUAAAGGUUGGGGAUUUGGUGUUACUUAAUCAAAGAUGCUCCUAGAUACCAAUGGGCUUAGGGUAUUGUGUCAAAAUUAUAUCCUAGCUCUGACAAUAGAGUGCGCAAGGCCCAGGUUAAGGUCAUCUCUAACGAAAAGGUUUUUUUUAUUUGACAGGCCUAUUAGCGACAUGGUUGAGUUAUUUUCACAAGACGUACAGUCUUAAAGUUAUAAGAGUUAAAGGUAUUUAACUCCAUUUUGUUUAGAUUUCCGAAAGUCCGGAAAUCUAGGCCGGGAGUGUGACGGCGCGAGUGGCGCCAUCUAUGUGUUGGAACUAUAAGUUGCAAGAUUUGAAUUGCUGUAUCAUGCCUGAUUUUGCCCUUACCCUGUAGAUGUAGUUGGAUUGGUUAUUUAUAUCUGUCAAUCAAUGUUGUUUGUACCUGUUACAUUGCUCACUCAGCAAAACUGUUUGGCUCCACCUCUUCCUGAAGUAGGACAGUGUUUCCUCUUUUCAUUCCAUCAGCAAGUUCUCUUAUCGGAUGGACGUGAAAGAGAGGCUUGGCUCAAAAAGCCCUUCAAAAGUUACCUCUCAGCACCAAUUCUGAGGUUCUUACCCUUGGGACUCACACUUCAUGUUCAGGGCCAACCUGAACAAUGUUGAGGAGUCUCAAGCGCCUUCACAUCAGUCCUUUGGCAACAGAGGAAGACUCUUGUCUUCAGAUAUAGGUCAUUGGACUGAGGCUGAGUUUGCUCCGGCAUUCACAGCCAGAGAAAGAGGGAUCUGGACAAGCUUCAUGGACUUAAACAAUCAAAGACUGUAAUGUAUAUUUUCUUUUACCCCCUUUGUGAAGAAUAAACCCAGUUUUGAGUUAACUACAGUGUUUUGGUCCUUGGGAGUUCCAGCUUCCCUAAAGGAGGGCAAGAAGCAAUCCCCUGGGGAAAGAUGUCACGUCCAUGCCUCUUUCACUAAGAGUUUAUAGCCCCAGGCGCGACGGCACAUUGCCCAUAAAAUAACCCUGAACCAACAUUUUUAUAUUUUACUGUCAAUCACUGCAAUUAUGCCAUUAAGCAAAGGCCUAUAAAAUGUAUACUAUUCUGGAAGCUGAGAGCAUUUAAAGAGAGGUUAUUUAGGCUGUAGCAGACAAUAUUUAAAUAUACCUUACCCCAAACAGUGAUUUGACAAGCUGCCAUAAUGGCUUUAAUUAGUAUGCAAAACACAUUCUGAAGUCGCCUCAAAAACUGCCAAUUGUAGAAAGACUAGAAGAUGCUGCGCAAACAUGUUUCCCCAUUUUUUUGACAAGCAUGGGGCACAUACUUGUAUAAUCCCUCCAGAGCUACCUAUUAUAACUGGCGACUAGGAGACGUGUUCCUCAGCUGACGAAAGCAGACAUCAGCUACAUGGAAAAAAGAGGUCCAUUCUGCAAGAUCACAUCACGGCUGAAUGAUGUUUCUAUCAGAUGAUGAGAGGGCGGGUGGGGGCAGCUGAGUGAGAGGAGGUUACUUAAGUAUACUUAACUAAGUAACCGAUACAGAAUACUUGCCAUUAUUAUCAGGCUAAGCUCAAAGUGCUGGUUGAUCUUGGGGUGAGAUCAUUGUUUCUUGUCAUAUACUCAGUAGCGACUCAAAUAAAGCCCCUACAAUCUGUGGAAUGCUUCUCCCCAAGAAAACUCACCUAAAAACUGUAUUUUUACCAUCUGGUAAGUUUUAUUUUUAACUAGCUUGGCGACCACUGCUGUGCCUGGGUAAUUCGAAAAAGGCAUUGUUUGUUUUGAGGUGUUAUUAGAAAAAAAGCCAGUCUUUCCUCCCAUUAGAAAAUGCAUAAAGUUGCGGGUGAACUGCAAUUCCUAAAAUCAUGGGCCAAUCAGCCAAAACCGCACUAGUAUUCAAAGAUGGCCAUGUUGGGUCUGUGUGCCAAGUUUGGUUCAGUUCCGUCAUCUGCUGGGUUCAGUGUUCUCUGGAUAAGAGUGAACUACAACUCCCAUAUUCCAAGGUCAACUCUCUUCGAACUCCGCCAGUAUGCACACUUGGCCAUGUUGGGUCUGUGUGCCAAGUUUGGUUGAGAUACCUCAUCUGCUGGAUUCAGUAUUCUCUGAAUAUGGGUGUACUAUAUGUCUCUGAUGCCAAGGUCAAUCACUGACAAAGCCUGCCAGUGUUCACAGUUGGCCAUCUUGGGUCUGUGUGCCAAGUUUGGUCCAAAUCCGUCACUUGCUGAGUUCAGUAUUCACUGAAUAUGGAUGAACUAUAACUCUCUGAUGCCAAGGUCAAUCACCCCAAUGUCUACCACUAUGCAAAGUUAGCAGGGUUGGGUCUGCGUGCCAAGUUUGGUCCAGAUCCGUCAUUGGUGGGGUUGGGAGGGCUCCUGAAAUACAGGUGAACUAUAACUCCCAGAGUUAAAGAUCAAUCACUCCUGAAGUCCACCAGUAUUCCCAGAUGACCAUGUUGAAUUUGUGUGCCAAAUGUGAUCCUCAUCUGUCAUCAGAUGGAUUCAAUGUUCUCUGAAUACGGGUGAACUAUAACUCCUGGAUGUCAAGGUCAAUCACCCCAAACCCCACCAGUAUGCAAAGUUGGCUGUGUUGAGUCUGUCUGCCAAGUGAGUUUCAGGUCCAUCAUUGGUGGGGGUGCAGGUGAAAUAUACAUCUCAGUGCCUACAAUACCUAUAAAUCAUAGUGAAUUCUCCUCAAACCUCUCUCUGCCUAGUAUGUUCAGUUGCUGUGUGCCAUAUAAAAGAAUAGGAAAGGGUUAAGGGAGAGGCAGUGGGUGGGGUCAUGCAAAUUCCUCACCAAUGGAGAAGGAAACAAAGGAACACUGGGAUGUGGUGCUCACUGUAAUCUACAAUAUCAGUGGAGGGAAGGCUUUGGUGGCUCCUCAGUGAUGUGGGUUAAAGUUGUUUGUAGAGGCGGGAGGCUGUCUGUGUAAGUGGACAUCCUUGCCACAUACAGACAUACAGAUUUUCACUUUUAUUAUGUGUAUAGAGUUAUUAUCCUGAGUUACCUAGAUAACAUUUUAAUCCUAUUGUUAUAGUUUGUUUUAUUGUUUUUGUGAGUCUUUAUUAAUUGUUUUUCAUGUCUAGGUUUUAAUUACACUGAUGUUAAUUUGCCAUUGAGUCAGUUUCAAUUUAUGGUGUUCCUAUGAAUGACAGACCACCAAGAUCCCAAUUCAUCAACCAUCCUGCACAGAUCUUGCGAAGUCAGAGUUGUGGCUUCCUUGAUGGAAUCAAUCCACCUGUGGUGUGGUCCCUCUCUUUUCCUAUCUUCUUACACUUUUCCAAGCAUGAUCAUCUUUUCCAAUGAAACAUGACGCCUCAUUAGAUGUUCAAAGAAACAUAAACACAGUGUUCUUUUCUCUUUCCAUAAACCAGUCUGGAAUAUAAUUGAAGGGGGGUAUAAAAUCGAAGGGAAGGAGGAAAAGAGGGAGGGGGAAAAGCUUUUACUUGUCUUUACUUAUAUCCAAUUAAUUUGAGAAGAACAUUUGGUUAGCACUAGAAUCAUGUAUUAUUAUGGGCAUUUCUGAAAGAACAAUUGAUGAAAUCCUAAAUAUAAUUGGGUGAAUUUUCAAGCAAUUACUCUCUUUUUUUGGUAGAAGCUUUACUUGGUACUUUUGAUCUGAAAUUAUUGGUCAGGUACAUCCUUUAACUAUAUCUGAGAUAACAAACACACUGUUAAAUGGAGUAACUGGCAAAACAACUAAUCUACUAUUUUUUUGGGGGGGGGGAGUUCAAAAGAUGGGUUGCAGUUAAACAUCAAGAAAACCAAGAUCAUGGCAACUACACCUAUUGAUAACUGGCAAAUAGAAGGAGAAAACGUGGAGGCAGUGACAGACUUGUAUUUCUAGGCGCAAAGAUCAUUGCAGAUGCAGACUGCAGCCAGGAAAUCAGAAGACGUUUACUUCUUGGGAGGAGAGCAAUGGCCAAUCUUGAUAAAAUAGUGAAGAGCAGAGACAUCACACUGGCAACGAAGGUCCGCAUAGUCAAAGCAAUAGUAUUCCCCAUAGUAACCUAUGGAUGCGAAAGCUGGACCAUAAGGAAGGAUGAGCGAAGGAAGAUAGACGCUUUUGAACUCUGGUGCUGGAGGAAAAUCCUCAGAGUGCCUUGGACCGCAAGAAGAUCCAACCAGUCCAUCCUCCAUGAAAUAAUACCCGACUUCUCACUGGAGGGAAGGAUAUUAGAGGCAAAGCUGAAGUAUUUUGGCCACAUCAUGAGGAGACAGGAAAGCUUGGAAAAGAUCAUGAUGCUGGGGAAAAUGGAAGGAAAAAGGAAGAGAGGCCGACCAAGGGCAAGAUGGAUGGACGGUAUCCUUGAAGUGACUGGCUUGACCUUGAAGGAACUGGGGGCAGCGACGGCUGACAGGGAGCUCUGGUGUGGACUGGUCCAUGAGGUCACAAAGAGUCAGAAACGACUAUGCGACUGAGCAGCAGCACUACUGUGGAGGAAGAGACAAAGCAAAGCAUAUAUUUGGUCUGUGAACCAAAGUAUUACCUACGCUCCCUCUACCCUCCCAUAUAAAAUCCAGAUUAUCAUCUUUGAACUGGAUUAUAUUUUGACUCAGAUAAUGUAGUUCAAAGCAGAUAAUGUGGAUCAUCUGCUUUGAUGAUAUGGAUUAUAUGGCAGUGUAGAAGGAGCCUGAAUAUAUAUAAUGUUAACAUGCUAAAAUACUUGUGGGUGAUUAAUUUAUAUCCAUGCCCUAUUGUAAUAUCACAUUGCUAUCCAUUAGUUCCUUUCAAAUUGGUUUGUUUUGAGUAUCACAUAACUAUUUCUGUUGCUGCAUCUUUAUAAUAAGAUAGAUCUGUCUACUUGCCAGCACUGUUCUAAUCACUAUAUUGUUUCCCUUACAGUUUUCCAGUGUUACAACUUAAAAUGAGAACUUCUCAAUCAUUAUGCAAAGUGUAACAUAUGGAUUUUUCACCAAGGACUGAUUUUUUGAAGGCAUUUUGCUGUGCUAGGCUAAUUGUACUUUAGUAUUUCAACAAUUCUUUUACCGUGAUUUUGAAGUUUAAAAUCUUGUUUAUUUUUAGAUUUUUCCAUGUCACUUUGAGUACUUCAGUUGGCAUGGUGACUGAAAACAAGCGUGAGAUUGCUGUAAGCACAAGAGACUCUACAUAAUAUUGCAGCUUGAAAUGCAACUGUGAAAAUUGCACCUACCAGUCCAGGCACAUGAAAUAAAUUUUGGAUUAGCCAUUCUUCGAAUCAAAUGUAUAUUAUAUUUCUGAUAUCCCAGAACCACCACUGAAUUACUUUAUAUAUACAAGACACUAUGAAUUCUCUAUUAGUUUCUAAAAAGAGCAGUCACCAUAGCAACGGCUGUACCUUGAUGCUCUCACAGCAUAUGCUACCCCUGAGAUAUAAGAACAAUUUCUUUAAAUAAAUCCACAGUAUCGUGAUCAGCAUUUACUAUAUAGUGUAUAUAUAGAUAGAUAUUCAUUCUGAAUCAUCCAUCAUGCAAACAGGACACUAAGCAACAAAUAAAGUUUAACUAAUGCAGUUCUUUAAAAAAUGAAAGCAAUCUUUAGUUGCAAUGAUUUCUAUUGCUGUAAGGAUGUGGAUGACCAAAUGAGAGGUUGGGAAACGGGCUCCAAAUUGCUCAAGGGUGGAUUGAGGGCCAUUAUUUCUUUAUGUUGAGAAUGGGUAAGAUAAGAACUAAGCCUCCUUCCCUCCUUCUUUCCUUUCUUUCUUUUUUUCUCACUAAACUGAUUUUUUCAUAAUUUGUUGUGUAGCCUUAUUAUUAGGGUUUCGCAAAUAUAUAGGGAAAAAUUGCAUCUGAUGACUCACAAAGGUCUGAUGAGUCACUAGAUUGGAAACCAACAGGAACUUACACUGUACCAGUUUCCUUUUAAUACAUUAACUCUGACUCACCAUUUGUUAAUAAAGAGUUUUUAAAAAUA